ACGUGACUAGUCUGGAUCACUUCUAUUGGGUCAAGAUACUUCUGUAUAAUUCAAAAAAAAAAAUUAUAAAGCUCGGCAUUCGGUUUAUACGGUUUUUUCGGUUCUGAAAAAAUGUCACCAAAGUAAACUAUCUAAAUUUUGGUUUGGUUAAGAGUUUGGAUUACUCUGUUCAGUUUUGACUGUUAUUGUUAAUUCCGAAUUAAAGCGAAAUUGUUUUUUUUUUUAUCAAAACCGAAAUUGUUUAUAUAUUGGUUUAUUUGGUUAAUUUAGUAGAGAGAAAAACGGGUGUAAAUUUCGGUUUAUUCAGAUUGUUUUGCUAUGUUCCAAACCGAUCAGUUAAUUACCGAACUGAACCGAACUGAAAACUGAUUAAAUUUAAAAAAAUUGCCGAUCAGUUUAUGUCUUCGGUCGGAUGUUUAAAUAAAACAAAAUACAAAAAUAUAUGCUUUCAAAUUGUUUUUUGUUCUUAAAAUUACAAUUCUUACUCCCUCUGUUUUAAAAUACAUGAAGUUUUAAGAUUGUGCGCAACUAUUAAGAAACAUGUUUUUUAUCUUAAAAAUAUCAUUAAAAUAUAAAUUAAAAGUUAUUCAACCAAUCACAAAACAUACUACAAAAUAUCAUUGGUUACACGUUUUUGAUAAAAUGAAAAAGUGCAUUGAUAUAUGAAAACAUCAUCUAUUUUGAAACAUCAAAAACUCCCUAAAACUUUAUAUAUGUAGAAGCAGAGGGAGUAUUAAAUAUCUAUUGUCCGAAAACAUCUUAAGACUAACAUUUUCCCAAGUAUUAACCCUUACUUUCACAUGUACAAAGACUAAAUUAGUACUAAAACCAAUUCAAAUGAAAAAAUCGACAGAUUAUCCCCUAUUAUAACAAAUAAAUUUCAGUAAUCCAUGAAUUCUGUUGAAAAUCUAAAUUUGAAUUAGUAUUCAACAAAUUUCCAGAUGUCUCAGACAUGGAAUUAGAGAAAACUCGGAUCAACGAAAAAUAAUAGAUAAUCGUAUAAAGAAAAUAAAAAUUGGGUCUAGAAAUUUUUUCAAGAGGUAGACUCAAAACUUCGUCUUUCCAAAAUUAAAAGGGCUCCACAAACUAUUUUGAAAAAGAAAGUGUAGCCUAACAAUAGCUGAAAUUAUGGUGAAUAUGUAAAAAUCACACCAUGGUCAGGAAGAUAUCCUUCUUUAUUUGAACCAUAGGUCUGGAAUUGAUGGAUCAUAAAAAUAGAUCGAUCGAUCUGUGUGCAUAAUGUUUGGUCUCAUUGUUUCUGGUCAAUCCAUAAUUUCUCGAUGUUUUUUCAUGCAUUGGUUUGAUCGAUCUGAACUCCAUUUGAGGUUGUUUUGUUCCAAUCAUUUCUCAUCACGCCUCAAAUUCUAUCCAAAUGUUGUUUUACAUGAAAAGACUUUAACGUUACAAAAGACUCAAAAAUGAUUGAAUACCGAAAUUAGAACACCUUCAAACACACAACCCAUAAGAUGUUUCAACCAUAAAUCAAUGAUAAUUCUCCAUUUAUUUAAAGUCAUCAUAACUUGUUCAAAGUCGUGCUCAUAUUUAAAUGUGAACUGAAAUCUAUAUGUAAAUGACACUACACAUCUACACAAUCACACACUUGCAACUGUAUUGGUAUUUCCAAAAUAAAAUUCAACAUGAUUUGACGUUAUGUAUUAAGUGUUAUCAUGAAUAUCUUGUUCCUCUCACGGGAAAAAUAUUAAGGAAUAUGUGAUAGCGUUAGAGCAUCCCCAACCCAACUGCAAAAUUUACUGCAAAAUGGAGUAAUGUAUUUUUUGUUUACUGCAAUAUGGAGUAAUGCAUUUUUGUUUUUCAUAAUUGCAUAAUUUACAUCAUUUUGCAGUAAAUUAUGCAGUUGGGUUUGAGAUGCUCUUAAAAGACGCUUUCUCUUCUUCCAGCGACAUUGCCAUGAACGCUUUAUUAAUUUGUCAUCAAACUUUACACCAGAAAUAUAGCACUUCACAUUUUUUUCCACCACCUCAAAAAAAAACACCACUAGAGUGGUUAAGGAGUAACUGGCUCUCAAAAACUUCUAAAUAACUCUAAACACAUCACAAAGAAACAUAAAAGAUUACUUUCUUUUCAUCCAUAAAUUUUUUUAAUCUCACAAAGUCUCACCAUAAGAAAAUAAAAUCCAGUCUUAUUUCUUAAGUGUCAAAGACUAUAUAUGAAAAGAGUCUUAGUUAAGUCUAUAUGUUGAUGAAAAAAAAACUAUAUAUCUAAAAAAAAGAACCGUAGGUUCAAAAAGAGAACCAAAAAGAACAAAAUUGAUCCUAACCAUAACUGUAAACUGAUUUUUUAAACUCAUGUAAUAUAUCAAUAGAUAAGGACACAUCCAUGCACAAGGGAAAAUGGAUCUUAUAAACAAUGGGGCAUGUGCACUUGUAAAAAUAUUAAAAAUCAAAAUUUUUGUUGAAAACACUAAACUUUAUUAAAUGACAUGUUAAAAGUUAGUUUGUGCACCUUUAAUAACCCGAGUUCUAUUUUCAUAUAUUUUUAUAUCUAUUCAAUUAAAACUGAAGUACAUUAUUGAAUUAAAAUUUAGGUAACUUUUUAUUUACGAUUUAUGCUAUUGUAAUUUUUUGCAUUUUCAGAUUUUCAGUAAGGGUAUUAACCUUAAAUCAAUCUAGUAAAAUUAGUUAUAAGAUAAUUAAUUUAUAUUGUCUUUCAAUAUAUUUUUAAUUUUAUUUAUAAACAUAUAUUAUUUUUCAAAUAUAAAAUAUCUUAUAAAAAUCUUCUUAGUAUCUAUUUUAAAUUAAAUAAUUAAAUUCAAAAUCACUAUCAAAUAUGAUUAUACAUUUAUUUAUUACAUUUUAAUUAAAAUGAUAAAUAAAAAUAACAAUAUUUUUAUAUUGAAUAAAUAUAAUUAUAUAAUUAAAUUAUUGUAAAUUCUACAUAUUUUGUGGAUAAUUGUGAAUUUUUCCAUCAAACAUACACAAUAUUUAGAUCAAUACGAGAAUAUUAAAUGUGGAUUAUAAAAUUUGGACUGUAAAUAAUAUUUUUAAAAAUUUUACCAGUGUAAAAAAGAUUAGAAUAGAUUAAUGUUUUGUCAAAAUUAUUUCUCCCUUUUAAAAUGCGGAUAAAAUCUAAUUUGUUAUUAAUAGUGCAUCCAGUAAGUAUGUUUUCUAGAUUCUUCCCCGGUCUGUAGAUAUGAUAACAUAUUUCUGGUCAAACGCAUAUUAAGAUUUAUUAUAAGAAGAUAGAACAAAUCUAACAAAACAAACAUAUAAAUUCUCUUUCCAUGUAUUUUUUCUGAAAAUAUUAUUAGUUUCUUACUUUGACAAUUAUUAUUCAAUUAUAUUUUGAUACGUAACCAAAAAAAUCAUUAGAGAGAAUUUUGGUCAAUUACAUAUUUGAAGCAUGUGUGCAUCUUAGCCCCUAUAUAUUUCUUCUCCCGUUCAUCAACUGCCUCAAAACUCUGAUCUGAAUUAUUUCUCUCGCAGAGAAAAAAAAUCGGCUAGAGAAUUUCUUCCGACUUUCAAAAAUGGUGAAUCUACCAGAUUCCCUUUACGAAGACUACACUAUAUCCAGGGUGAAUCUUCCCUCUGCUUUAGCCUCCACCGUCCCACUUUCACCGGACAUAAGAAUGAUUAUUAAGUGGGUCAAUGAUCUUCAUAAAAAUAUCCCAUCCACCUUCGAUUUCGCGCUGCAGAAUCUCACCAUUCAUAGGAAAAAUUUCGAGAUCUUGCCUCGGCUUUUAUGGAAAUCUCAUUUUACAGUGGCCAUGCUGUUGCAGGAGAUCUUGAAAAUCUACCCACUCACCUCACGUCCAGUUUACUCACAGAACUGGAUGCACCUUCGAGUGUACAACAUUUUGCUUUUGUUCCAGUGCAUAACUCAUUACCCGGAGACAAGAAACUGCUUUCUUAAGGCUGAUAUGCAAUACUAUUUCUAUCCUUUGAUGGACAUUAAUGUCACCGAUCCGCGUCUUGAAUGCCUAAGGAUUGGUGCAUUGGGUGUCAUUGCUCAUAUGUUGAGGCCGCCUGUAGACCCAGCUGCUGUUUGUUACCUUGUGAACACAAGUUGUUUACAACAUUGCACAAAAGCCAUCGAGAUUGGCUCAACAGAAUCAAAAACAAUUGCUGUAUUCAUAAUUAACAAGAUUCUGUCCACUGGUGAGGGGCUUCAGUACUGCUGCGUCUUGCCUGAUCGUUUUUUCUUCAUAGACGGUCUCCUGAAAAGGCUGCUUAUGUAUCUUACCACCAUGGCCAGACCUUGUCCCAGCUUGUUCAAUCUUCUUGUUGGCUGCUACACCAGUCUCUCCUACAAGCCCAGGGCUCGAAGGGGACUAAGGCGUUACCUUCCUGACAUGCUGUUCAACAACACCUUUGCUAGUUUACUUGCUGCGGACCCAGCAGCUGAGAGGAAUCGUCGGGAGCUGAUUAAGAAUCUGGAAAUGAAAACUCAGCCAGAAAAGAACAGGUUUACUAAGUAAUAAAAUGAAAAGACAAAAAGGUUAUAAGAAACUCUAUGUUGUUGUUUGGUUUUAUCUCUUUUCCAGAUACAUCUCUUGAUACUCCAUCAUUGUUCUUCUCUCUCUUUUGGGAUACAUUUGAACCCUAUUUUCAAUCUUCUUUCUUUUCUCCUUUCAAGUAUUUUAUGUUUUAUCUUCUCUCCAGAGGGAGGAUGGAUUUGCUUAGUUUGCAUGAUGAUUGAUACUUACUUAUAUGAUUGUUAUUAACAUUAAUUUCACCUGCAUGAAAAAAGGAGACAUAAAAUAAGUUAGGAAAUGGUUAGUCUUUUUUUUUUUUAAGAACAGGAAAUGGUUAGUUAGAUACAAAUCUUCCUGUUCUUUUAGUCUUUUAUAUGAAGUUUGAGGAAGAGAGUAAGCAUUUCUGAUGUUAAGUUCUGGUUUUAGUUUGGGUUCAGCUUAGUUAGUUUUGACAGUAGGACUGAGACCUGAACGAAACGUGAGAGACCAUUGAGAUGGACUCACGUGUGGGGUUGAGGCCCAAUAAAUCGGCCCAAUACUAUUUUUAAAAUUAAAAAAAAAUAUAUAAAUUAGAUCUUUUAUGUUUUUGACCUUUUUUAACACGUUUUUGAACUUUAUUUCUUGAGAAAAGUUUCAAUGUAUGUGAGACAAAGGAUCUAUAUUUCGAUCCUAACAAUUUUCCUCGUGUUAAAUAUGAUCCGAAAAGGUGGUCAAUACUAAGAUCAUCUCCAAUGGUCUUUCAUUUUGAAAGAAAACUUCAAAAAAAAAAGAGAAAAUACUUAUCCAAUGAUACAUUAUUUUGAAGGAAAAAUGAUGCAUUAUUGGUGAAGCUUUUCCUUCAAUUUCUAAUGUUUUUCUUCAUUUUGUUUUAAGCUUUUUAAUUUAUAAAUUAUUCGUUAAACUUUAUAUAAUUUUGAUCUAUAUCUUAAGAAUUCAGUAUUUGUAUUACACUUUAAAGAAAUUAUUAAUACUUUCAUAAUAUAAUUAUAAGUUUAUAUAAACCUUUGUAUCUUUUUUAGAAAUUAAAAUUUAUGUACAUAAUGAAGAUUUAAUUAAAAUAAAAUCAUAUUUGGUAACAUUUGUAAGUUUUAUAAAAUAAUAACCAUUAUUUGAGAAUUAAUAAUAAAUAGUAGUAACAUAAUAUAUUUUAAAUUAUUCUGGUUGUUUUCGAGUUAGGAUUAUGGUGUCGCAACUAACUUAGAGCUUAAUGUUGAGAUUGUACAAAAUAUUUAAAUUUAAAAAUGCAACAACGUAUGGAAGAGAAUUAUGAUGUGGACCAUCCAUGUCCGGACAUGAAUAAAUAAUGCAACAAAUACAACACCGUAUGGAAGCUUGCGCAUCAAUUAAAUUAUCAUAGUCCUCGCAACCAUCUCUCUUCAAAUAGGUUUCUUUUCUUCACUUAUUUAUUUGUUUGGUGUAGUUUCCUAACCUUCUAUAUGAGAAAACAAGACAAAAACAAACUACUACAAAGACAAAAAUGAUUCGGAUUCGACUUAUUUGCCUAAUUGUUCUUCUCUUCACUCUCGUUUUUGUUUCCUCCAAAGCCACAAGAAUCCAUGCUGCUGAAACACCAAAAAAUUUCUCCGGACCUUCUAGAGGAGACAGAGAGCUUCUCCACUCUUAUGCCACACGUCUAAUUGGCUCCGGAGGAUUCAAGCCGGAGAAGAGAAAGAUUCCGACGGGGUCAAACCAUUUACAUAACAAGCGUUAAGGGUUUACCCUUUAUAAAGUUUCAUUUGUAUCUUUUGUUUUGCUCUUUUCCCUUUUCUUGUUUUUAAACGGGGGAAUAUAUGUAAAAUGCCUAUAUAUACACUUAUAUGAUGCAUAAAUACUCCCAAAAAGGAAAUAAAUUCGUAUU